GGUACUGACCGGUAAUACGAGACAAUUCAUUCAUUAAUACUAAUCCAAAUUUAAACAUUUAUUUAUUGAUCAAUUCAAAUAUUCUUCAUAAAUUGUAAUAUACCAUUGACAUGGUGAGACACACUUUCAAUUUUUUAUCUCUUUACUCAAUAAUUUAUUAUUAAUGCGUAACUUUGUAAUUUCUAACUUCAGACACUAAAAACAGUUUAAACAUGUAUGUAUAUCGAUCAGAUUAUUUUUGUGUACAGUACAAAAUUACAGCCAAAUUCAUAUUCACUUUAUCUCGACUUAACCUAAAAACUAAUAAAAAAAUAGUACAAUACUAAAAAAGUAUCUUUCACUCCCAUUGUUCAUUUCAUAUAAGAAAUGCGUGAAAAACAUAUUGAAUUUAAAAAUCAUCUCUAGUCAAAUUUCUAUUAUUAAUAAAAAUAUCCUUAUUAUUUAUGUCAUAUUCAUGACAUAAAAUAUCCUCAUGAAAGAGGGAAAUUUAAAGGGACACAGAAGAAAGGGUAGGAAGAGUAAUAAAAAAAUGAAAGAGCAAUUGGAAAUGCUUAAAAAACAUUCUAAAUCAUCUAUCCUCGGUAUAGAGGAAGACGUUAUAUCGGAAAAUAAUAAAGAGCAAUAUCUCUUUUUGCUCGAAUUUUGUAUACAGCGAAUAACUGGCAAGAGAUUAGCGAAAUUAAAUCAAAUGUUUUUUGUACCAACUAGUGUUGGUUUAGAAUUUUUACAUUUUACGGAAGAAGAUAACAUCGAGAUAACUCCGGUUGAUUUAUUAUUUGAGCCACAAGCUGGUAUAGCAGAUGACAUUGAAUAUUUUUACUCUGGUAAAUCAGUGAUGUUUGCGAUGGAUCAUGAGACGACAAAGAACAAGUCACUGGAAUUUACUGUGAAAAUGACAAUAAGAAAAAGGAUGCCAGAGGGUAUUAGACCAGAUAUUUUAGUGGGUGUUGCAGAAUUCGAAUUAACUAAACAAUUUGCUGCAUUAAGAAAGGAGAUGUUGCAAUGCUGGCAUAGGAAAAUACCACCAGCCAAGACUUUUGAGGAUUCAAUUCCUUUAAUAAUGAAUGAAAAACAAGUUGGCGAAGUUCUUCUCUAUGUAAGAAUGUCUGCUUUUGGUGAGACGAUAGUUACAGAAUUUCAAUCACCGGAAUUAAUCAAAAAUGGAUCUACUUAUGUAUUUAAAGGAGAAGAAUUAAAUGACCAAUUUUUGGCAUACAAAUGUCGAAUGGUUGACUCGGAAAAUGUACAGGCACAGGAAUCAUCGAUCAUCGAUGUUCCUUGUCGUGCUUGCGUUCUCGAAGAGUAUAAUUGUUUACCUUGCGGUCGGUCAACUGGCGCCAGAGCAAAAGAUCAAAUUCAAUCGGAUGAUCGUAAAAGUUUAUGUCUUUCAGAAGUUUACAAACCAGCCUCUUAUCCAGCCAGUAUAUUAGAAGAUAAAUCAAAGAAAGAUUUUUGUAAUGAUAUAAGUAAACCGGCUGGUCCAAUUCAAACUAGUCGAGGUCCUGUACAAGCUUGCGGCAAAGCUGUGAUUCUCAAAGUUUCUGGUCUUUUGAAUGCGGAAGCUAAUAAGCAACCAACGGUCACAGUUUCACCGGAAUGCGAUACGACUGGACCCGAUUGUUCGCCUAAUUCUGAACAUGAUGUUUUUAUUUUGAGAAUUGGUAAAAAAGGACUGGUCGGUGCUGACGAAAAAUCAGACUUACAAUUAGAAAUGAGGACGCCCAAGGGCCCUGAAAGAAGACCUCCGAUCAGAUAUGAAACGCGUCAAAUACAAGCCGACAUCGAGGAGAAAAAAAAGAAAGCUAAAAAAGGAAAGAAAAAGAAAAAAAAAUAAAGAAAUUCUUCUAGUUAAAUAA